CUGCUAGAAAUUUGUCUAGGAACAUCGACUUAGCGGGUAAGUAAUCUCAAUCCAGAUCCACCUUGAAUCAAGCUAGACUAAGGGUAAGAAAAGAUUGUGUGCUUGCUGCAUCAUAUUAUUUAAUCGGAUCCCCAUUAUUCGAUCUUCUGAAUGUAAUUUAUGGUCUCAAAUCCACAGCGAUUUAUGCCAUUGAUGUUUCUGUAGUUCACGAUUGUAGAUUUUUGUUACGUGUUCUGCUGUGGAAUUAUUAUCCGUUGUUAUACUUCUAAUGUUUAUAGCCUCAUCCUCGUACUUUGCUAUGUUAGGUAACAAGAAUGAGAGCACUUACAGUGUUUUUGGUUACUGUGAUGGUGGUCACGAUUCAGUUUCUUCCAGGGCUUACUCUACCAUCCAUGGGUCCUUCUAUCCUUUGGUCACCCCACCAAGAUGGGUUUUCAACAAGUCAAACUGUAGAUUACCGAACCCUCAGUCCUAAAGACUUGGUGAAGUCUGUUAUGUCUGAAGGCUGUUGGUCAAAGUUACUGUGCUCAAGUAAGGGUGCUCAGCAACCUCUGGAUAUCGGACUUGUUUUUGUGGGAAAAGAGUUACAAUCCCGUGAUCUUUCUAGACCUGGAAAAGCAGAUUCUUCUCUUAUUAGUUUGCUAAAGGCAUCUUUUUUCACCUCCAACUUCUCUUUGGCCUUUCCUUAUAUUGCGAUUUCAGAAGAGGAGGGCCAUUCAGUGGAAAGCUCAUUUGUUUCAGUGUUCAGUGAAACCUGUGGGAAUGAUCUUGAAACCCAUAGACUAGCUUUUUCGGAGUCUUGCUCUGUAGAUGGUGACAAUUUCAAUAAGCUUCCAGACAUCAUCUCAGUUCAGAAGUAUCUGCUUUCAAGAAUGGAGAAGAGAUCCAAAGGGCACACAGAUCUAAUUGUUCUCUGUCACAGUGGUUCCAGCGUCAUGGAAGGAUUGGGGGAAGAAGCUUCUGAGGGGCAAGUUUUAACUGAAUUAAUAAGUUACAUGGAACAAUUGGAUGCAAAAUACAGCGUUCUUUAUGUACCAGAUGUGUUGACCUCAAUCCAAUACCCUUCUGAUAGGGGGCUACAAAGAUUUCUCGCUGAAGGUAGCUUUGACAGUGGAUCAGGAAAUUUAACUUGUGAUGGAGUAUGCCACAUCAAAGCAACAUUUUUGGAGUCAAUACUUGUGGCGAUUGUCUUGCUUAUAAUAUUGAUUUCUGGUCUUUGCUGCAUGAUGGGUAUUGACACACCAACGAGGUUUGAGACCCCUACAGAUUAAUAAAUGAGUGGCGAAUUUAAAAGCCAAGGUUGCUUUCAACUUUAGACCAGGCAGAACCGCAGAAGUCAAUGUAAUGUAUUUUUUUACCGUCUUCUUUUUCACUCUAGUAUAUUUGUUUAUUGUUAUUGUUAUUAUUAUUUACCUAAGGAUGUCUUCAUGUGAGUCGUUGAUCUAUGUCUCAUGUUAAGGAAUGAGGGUACUCUGCAAAAUAUAAGGGAAACAAUGCUCUUUUUAGUGAUGCUGUUUACGAAAAGUAAAAAAAUAAGGUUGCUUGCAUGUAUAGAGAACUUGUCAAGCUUUGGGAGUGUCAACAGUCAUGAAGUAUUCAAAACUUUUCUCGGACUCUAUCAUUUUAAUCAAAUGAUGAA